UGGAUCGGCAAGGCCAGUAGAACGCCGGCUCUGAGCUGGAAAAAACGUGGAAGGAGAAAAAAUUCGAUUGGGAGCAGUCGUAGGAGUCGGACGUGUUCGCGGAAAAAAUUCGAGUGGCUUGGAAAAAGCGAAACACGUGGCGGACCGGAUCCACGCCAACGCGAUCUGUGACACGAGGAAGAUCCUGCAUCGACGCUGCGCUUACGGGGAGAAGACCCUGCAUCGGUACUACACUUACGGAGAGGAGAUCCUGCAUCUACGCUGCACCCACGGGGAAGAGGAGGCUUUCGACGAGUACAAGCGUGGGAGUUCAUGGUUUAACUGUCCAUAGUUGAACUCUCAACAUUAAACAUGAAACGCCCGGCCUUCAAAGUGAUCAGUCAGCGUUCAGCCAUCAACACGGGACGAGAUCCAGCGCUUAAAUCAACGAACCGAGCACGACCAGGACCACAAGGACAAUUCCAAGGACAACGAUAGCAAGGACUAUCAACCGGCCAAGCAAGGGUCGAUCCCCAGGCUACUAUAAAGAUCAACGACCAUACGCCGUGCUUCCGUGACUAGCCCCAAGGACUCCGGUAUUCAGUGCGUCACCUAAGAAAAGAUUCUACCGGAAGGGUCAAUACGUGAUACUACCGCCGGAAACGCGAAAGACCUCGAAGUGCCAGUUCGACCACCGUGCUUCGACAUGGGGGUACAGUGGAUUUCGUAUCGGCGCAAGGACGAAUUGCAGGCCAUCGCCGCCGAAUUCGGCCUCGGUGAAACCGGGACAGUGGACGAACUGCGCAGCCGGAUCUCGGCCUUCAUCUCGCGCGGCGAGCAUCCGACGGCGAUCGAAAAACAGAUCGAAGAGCUCGGAACGGUCUUCGACAGCGCGCCCAGCCCGAGGAACCCGAGAAACACGUCCCCGUCGCCGGAAGCGGAAGGAAGGGAUCUAUGCGGAACAGCCCCUAUCCAUCGUAAUUCCCGAGUUCCGCGCGCAGCUCAAGGUAAUGGAUACAGUGACUCUGGCCGGCUGGAAGCCACGACCGACCGACGACAUGGUGACAAGCACUACCAGCACCGCUCCCUCGAGGAAGCCGGAACUUCGUGACCAGGAAGGGAAGAAAUCUCUUUCGCUGCCCUGGCCGAUAAACUACUCAAUUGGGGUGUGCGCUGGCUUUCAUCGAACGGUUGGAAGAAAGGGUCGACUCAUAUGGCUGAAGUCCAGCACAACUGCCGCGAGCCAUCUCCAGGCUACUAACUGGCAAGGCAGAAGGAUGGUUUAGGACGUUCCAGAUGCAAGGCAAGCCAUGGACCGAGUUCCGGAAGGAGUUCUUGGAGUUCUUCCUACCCCCGCGAUACUUUCAGCGCUUGGAAGAUACGAUCCGCUCCCGUCACCAACGACCCCGAGAAACCCCUUUCAGGACUACUUGAUCGACCUCCGACUCAUGAUGCAACGAGCUCAGUAUACUCCAGACAGAGAGCUGGACAGGAUCUACGAGAACCUUCGGCCGGAAUACCAAAUGGUCACCCGUAGACAUGAGUUCGAGACGUUGCGAGAACUGACCCAAUUGAUAGUAGCGUAUGAGACAACACGGGACCGCGAACAAACCCACCCAGCUAACUACCGCCCAAAUACGAAAGCCUGAACGCCAUCAUACCAAGGACCCGGAUUAUCCACCCCACAGCAUGCUCCUCUAGACGACACCGGACCCUCCCUGAGCGCCGAGACAGCAAGCCGCGUAGUGACCCAGGAUGGAGACCGGCCGGUGAACACACGCCGGGCCUGCCGGAAUUGCGGGGAGGAAGGUCAUUUCAGCAGUUCAUGCAGGAAUCGGCGAGUGCUAUUCUGUUGGGAGUGUGGCCGCCGCGGCAUCCGGACGAUCGACUGCUGUAGGCUAUCCGAGUCGGGAAACGGGCCGAGUCUCCGCUUGUCAGGAAGGAGGCAGGAUCGCCGCGCUAGUAACCAUCGAAGGAGUACCGCUCACAGCUACCCUCGACACGGGAGCAACGCGGUCGUUCGUCAGUCAACGCAUCGCCCAUGAAAUAAGUACCGGAGGGAACGCACGGAACAUAAGGACUACCGUCCGCCUGGCGGAUGGUACAGCAAAGGAGGUCAAGGUACGUCUGGAUCAACAGGAAACGCGGGUGAUUCUAUUAGUCCUACCCAUGGUAGUGGACGACAUCAUACUGGGGCUCGAUUUCCUUUGCAGCUUCCAGGCCAUAAUACAAUGCGGACGAGCGUACUUGCAGUUGACCCAGCGGGCGAUCCGGGAAACCAACCCGAUCCCCACAUUAUCCUUGACUCGGCCCCGCAUGGUUACUUUUAGUGGAGAAAGUCCCGCGACUGCAUACGCUGCUCCUACCCGCUCGACCAAUCCAACAGCGACCCACCGGACGAAGCCGACGCACCCGAACCUCGACCACGCCAGACCCAGCAAUCUACCAGUGACAAGGCGCCAGCAUCCCAAGCACGCCAGACCCAGCAAUGUACCAGUGACAACGCGCCAGCAUCCCA